AUGGUGUAUUGCGGGAAGCCAAGCAAGGGGUGUUCCAACUGCCGGGAGCGCAAGAUUCGCUGCGACCAGAGGGAACCGGGAUGUGGCCAAUGCGAGAAGAGACAGCAAAAAUGUCCCGGCUACCGAAACCUCGUGGACCUCAUGUUCCGCGAUGAGAGCUCUCAUGUCAUCAAAAAGGCCAAGGCGAGGGCUCGUAAGAAGGCUAACAACCUUGGCAUCUCACGGCCAGCCACCCCAUCCGACUCAGAAGGCCGGCUAUCAGUCACACCAGAACCUCGGUCGCGGCCGCUGUCCGUGAUCGUCCCGCCUACACCACUCUCGAUGGAUUCAGCAAGCCGUGACAGCGAGCAGCCCGACGACACAUUAAUGUCGCCCGAGUCAGGAAACUGGCCAAUGACACCACCGAUGGCUCAGCUCUAUAGUCUCGCGCCGACCUGUCAAGAGGACGGCUUCGCCUACUUCUUCUCACGAUAUGUCACAGCCGAAGAGAUGCCUUCCCAUCAGCGGUUUGACUUCCUACCAGACGUAUGGAAGCCUUCAUCCUCGGCCGCAAAUGCCCAAAUCGACGGCGUUCUGGCCAGCAUGACUGCUGUCGGCCUCAUGGGGUUGGCGAGCACGUCGCAGUCACCAUGCCUGAUGGACGCUGCGAGGAAAUCGUACGGCACGGCACUACGGCUGAUUAACCACGCAUUACAGGACCCAGCCGAAGCCGUCAAGGACAGCACGAUGCUGUCCAUCCUCAUCCUGGGCGUGUUCGAGAUGAUGGCAGAAAACACACAACGAACUAUGACCGUCGAGACGUUUCAAGAACAUGUGAAGGGGGCCGAGGCGCUUGCGGUGAUGCGGGGGCCUGCUCAGUUCAAGACACGAGCGGGGCGGAGGAUGUUCUCAAUGCUGUGCCAAAGGGUCAUCAUCAGCUGCGUUCAACGAAACGAACCCAUGCCGGAUUCCCUGAUCGAGCUCUGGCACCAAAUGUGCCAAUCGGCGGAAGCCGAAAACCCCAGUAGACGAUUCAUGCCGCUCCUGUUCCAGGUGCUGCAGGUGCGCUCCGAGAUCCACAGCGGAUUCCUGUCGGAUCCUGAAACCAUCGUGGACAGGCUGCUUGCCAUUGACCAGCAAUUGGAGAACCUGACUAACCAGCUUCCGCCUUCCUGGAAGCAUCGCGCCUUCGAAGUGAAAAUGUACCACCCGGCCGUGUUUGGCGGCAUCUGCCAUCUGUACGCCUCGCACCACCACGCCAACGUCUGGAAUCACAUCCUCACCACUCGCAUCCUCCUUCUCGAAACCGUCCUGUGCAAGAUCUCCCAAGACCUCGCCAGCUUCUGUCCCAUCCUCGAUUCGGCCCGCUAUCUCGAAGAGUACCGCAAGGCCCGCCGGAAACUCAAGCACAUGGUCCGCGACAUCGUCGCCAGCGUGCCGCAGCAGCUGGGGCUCAUGAACCCGACUGACGGCAGCAUCGGCAGCGCCGACGGCGACUCGGCGCCCAUCUCGACCGUCGAGAUCCGCGAGACCCCGUCGCCGCCGACGUCGCCCUCCUCCCGGUCCUCCGACUCGGCGAGCGCCGUCUACAGCCCGUUGUCGGUCACCGCUGAGCCGCCGCGCGGCGGUCAACCCCCCCUCCACCACCACCAUCACCACUCGUCUGGCCUGACCAUCCUCGACGUCACCAAGGCGUGCGACGCCGGCGAGGACGAGGCCGAGCGGUACAUGCUACUGGUCUCGGCAACGCGGAGCGUCGUCUGGCCGCUCUUUGUCGUGGGCAUGUCGACGGCGUGCACGGCCGACAUGCGCGCGUACGUGGUGGAGCGGCUGCGGACGCUGUACAUGGAGACGGGAAUCCGGCAGGCGGAUGCCGUCGCGAGGUUGCUGGAGGAGCAUGAGAUGGUCGGCAGCGGGGGAGUCUUGGAGGAACCGGAGGAGUCCGGGGCUGAGGCUGGGGCCGGGGCCAGCUGGUUAGAUAUGCAGUUGAAGGGCGCCGGACAGCACCAGGAGAUGCCUGCGAUGGCCCAUGACUAUGGCUUGGGCUUGUUACACCCCAUGACAGUGCCGGAGGUGAAGCUUGAGUUUGACAUGGCUUGGGUAUGA